AAAAAGUUGAGUUGAAAAUUCAUUUUAAACACGAACAGACGACGGACAAAUACGUACUGUGAUGUUUGAUAGAUAAUCGAUAUUAUAUUAUAUUAUACCGAUUCAUACAAUGUAAAAUAAAUAUCUAUGAUAGGUACUUAAUAGUAAUAAUGGUACCUACGUUUUUUAGAUUAUUUGUACAACGUAUUUAUUGUUAUAUGGAUAGCGGGGCGAUAACAAACCUGAGUGAUGAGAUAAUAAAGUAUUCACUAAUCGCGGCGGGGCUAUAACAAACGAUACCUAGUAACAAUAAAAAUUCAAAUUAAUAAAUAUUAAAUAGUAAAUAGUAAUUCAAAAUUCCGAACAUUCCAAAUUCGAAAUCAUUAAUUAUCAAAAUAUCAUAAAUUGUUAUCACCAUUGCUAAGUUACUUUAUCAAUGAUUAUGUAUUUAUAUUUGAUAAUAUAAAAUUUUGAUAGCAGUCCUGAACUCCCCAAACAAUUAUUGUGGAUUAUGAAUUAUUGAAACGACUAUCGAGUUCUGCGAGUAGUGCGAGUACUGAAUACUGAUCGGCAACUGAUCAGUUUGAUAGUUGAAGUCAGGUCAUUCGCCAGUUCUACGAUAUUAAUUAGUAAUCACUAAAAAUAAAUAUUUAAAUAGUUAUAGCCUAGAGGUACCUAGUACCUACUUAACAAAAAAUGUCUUGUCAGUACUUGACAGCACUAUUUAUUUAUACUAUUAAAUUGUAUAAGCUUCCUAGAUAGCUGUUGUUGAAUCCUUGAAAACUUAUUUAGUUGAAUUAUAUGAAUUUUGUAUCUCAAAUUAUUUUGGAUUCUGAGUAAUUAAUUUAUACACAAUAAUCAAUUUUUAAACUUCAAUACCUAAAGAAAAUUCGGGAAGUUUAUAAUGAUAAAAUAUUUUAGUCUCACUACAAUCAAAAAAUUUGCACUACAUUUAUUGUGUAUUAUUGGUUUAUUAUUUUUUUGUGAAUAUGGCAUUUUUUACGUGGUUUUAUCUCGGUGUAAUUGGCCUUCUGAUAGAAACAUGACAUCAGAGCAACCUGUUAAAGUAAUGUUUUUAGCUGACACGCAUUUACUUGGUACGAGGAAAGGACACUGGCUUGAUAAGAUGAUACGAGAAUGGGAAAUGGGAUGUGCUUUUCAGACUGCUAUCAAAUUUCAUAAACCAGAACUUAUUUUUAUUUUAGGUGAUUUAUUUGAUGAAGGACUAUGGAGUAGUGAAAAAGAUUUCAAUUCAUAUGUAGAAACAUUUAAAUAUUUGUUUUCAGUGUCAUCAGAUAUAAAAUUAUAUCCUAUUGUUGGUAAUCAUGAUAUUGGUUUCCAUUAUAGCAUAACACCACAUCUUGAAAAAAGGUUUAAUAAAAUUUUUAAUACAAGCCCAGUAGAAUUGAUCAGUAAACGUAAUGUUCAUUUUGUAUCAAUAAAUAGUAUGGCUAUGGAAAUGGAUGGAUGUUUUUUAUGUCAUGCUGCUAAAUUAAAAUUAAACAUCAUCUCUAAGCGGUUAAAAUGUAGUGAAAAUAACAAUAAAUGUUCAAAAACAAUGAUGCUAGAUGGAAAUUAUAGUAAACCCAUAUUAUUACAACAUUUUCCUUUGUAUAGAAAAAAUGAUAUGGAAUGCAAUGAACCAGAUUCAGCCCCAUUAAAGGAAAAAGAAAAACCAUUUCGCGAGGGCUGGGAUUGUCUACGCAAAGAUGCUACAGAAAAGUUGUUGAAAGUGAUACAGCCUCGACUAGUUUUUGGUGGACAUACGCAUCACGGUUGCCAUAUUCAUCAUGCAAAUGGAAUUCACGAAUACAGCAUAUCCUCAUUUAACUGGCGAAACAAAUAUAACCCAAGUUAUAUGCUUGCAUUAUUUUCUAUGGAUAAUUUUUCCAUUGAAACUUGCCACAUGCCUCAAGAAUAUACAAUUGUAUUUAUUUACUUAGUAUUAAUUAUGAUUUUUUUAUACUUUAAAAUCUUAAAAUUUAAACCAACUUUUUUUAUCAACAAUAGUUACCAUCUAUUUUAUAAUAAAAAAUCAAAUCAUUAGUAUACUAUAAUCUAUUUUUUAAACUAUUAGACAAUAUUCUGUUCAUAUAGUGGUUGUUCAGCAAUUAACCGGCCAAAACCUAACCUAGAAAGAUCUAUUGAGUUGAAUCCACUUUCGGUAAUCAUUUCCAUCAUAGCUCGGCCAACAGCUGGUGCUUGUUGAAUACCUAUUAUUAGUAAAUAUAAAUCAAUUAAAUUGUGUGAAUUAUA